AUGGGGCAGAAGCUCGAGACGGCAGCUGUGAACCGGGAAUGUUCGAUGACCCCUAGGGAACACCGAGUGGCUGCCCGCCGCCGGGACGUGACGGCUUCUCGAACAGGCCGCCGAGAGGCCGCGCCUCUGGUAACCCUGAAGCCUCCAGAUGGGCAGGGGCGGAGCCAAGACCUGGAGGAGACAGCUCUGCGCCUGGGCUCCCUGCUGCUGGCCAGAGGGACUCCCGGGGCCCCGCAAGCUGCCUCUAUCCCAACUGACCGCUGCCCUUUGCGAAGCUCCAACCAGAGGAAGCAUUGGGAGCCCAACAACGAGAAAACCAACAACGGCAUCCACUAUAAACUCCAGCUGUUGUACAGCAAUGGAGUGAGAACGGAGCAGGAUCUGUAUGUUCGCCUCAUAGAUUCCAUGACCAAACAGGCACUUGACUGCUUCCUUCUGCAGCGCAGGCAUCCUGAGCCGUGCCUGCGGCUGCCCUGUUUACAAUUACUCCACAGCCGGUGCUGUGACAAGAAAAGUUGUGGCAAUAGAAACGAGACGCCCUCAGACCCCGUAAUCAUUGACAGAUUCUUUCUAAAGUUUUUCCUCAAGUGCAAUCAGAACUGUUUGAAGAAUGCAGGCAACCCUCGAGAUAUGCGGAGAUUCCAGGUUGUUGUGUCGACCACAGUCAACGUGGACGGCCAUGUGCUGGCCGUGUCCGACAACAUGUUUGUGCACAACAACUCCAAACACGGGCGGCGGGCGCGCCGCCUCGACCCGUCAGAAGGUACGCCGUGUGUNAAGGCCAUCAGUCCCAGUGAAGGCUGGACCACAGGCGGCGCCACCGUCAUCAUCAUCGGGGACAACUUCUUUGACGGCCUACAGGUGGUGUUCGGGACGAUGCUGGUAUGGAGCGAGCUGAUCACGCCCCACGCCAUCCGAGUCCAGACCCCGCCGCGGCACAUUCCUGGCGUUGUGGAGGUCACCCUGUCCUACAAGUCCAAGCAGUUCUGUAAAGGCGCUCCGGGGCGGUUUGUCUACACCGCCCUUAACGAGCCGACCAUAGAUUACGGUUUUCAGCGGUUGCAGAAGGUGAUCCCGAGACAUCCGGGCGAUCCCGAAAGGUUACCCAAGGAAGUUUUGCUCAAGAGGGCAGCCGACCUGGUGGAAGCCUUAUACGGGAUGCCCCACAACAACCAGGAGAUCAUCCUGAAGAGGGCGGCUGACAUCGCGGAGGCGUUGUACAGUGUCCCUCGCAACCACAACCAGAUCCCCACGCUGGGCAACACCCCCGCGCACACGGGCAUGAUGGGCGUGAACUCCUUCAGCAGCCAGCUGGCCGUGAACGUGUCCGAGACAUCGCAAGCCAACGACCAAGUCGGCUACAGUCGCAAUACAAGCAGCGUGUCCCCGCGAGGCUACGUCCCCAGCAGUACUCCCCAGCAGUCCAAUUACAACACAGUGAGCACUAGCAUGAAUGGAUAUGGAAGUGGCGCCAUGGCCAAUCUAGGGGUCCCUGGCUCGCCUGGAUUUCUUAAUGGCUCCUCCGCUAACUCUCCCUACGGCAUGAAACAAAAGAGCGCCUUUGCGCCCGUGGUCCGGCCCCAAGCCUCUCCUCCUCCCUCCUGCACCAGCGCCAACGGGAACGGACUCCAAGCUAUGUCUGGGCUGGUAGUCCCGCCGAUGUGAGGGACCUCUGUUUGCCUUCCGCAGCACCCAGCACCCCGGGACGGACUUCAGGGGACACGUUGAGUGUAUUGAGACAUGCUGGUGGAGACCGUAUCUUCAAAUACGUCAGCAGCAGUCGAAAUGCUACGAAAGACGUUGUUUAAAGAUUUUAUUUAAACUAUUAAGAGCCGACAUGCAAACAGCCUACUUCUUCAUGAACGAUUCCAUUUUACUGACUGAACUUUUCAUACAUUUUCACACGUCUCGGUCCCGAAGAACAAGGAGAACAAAGCGGCGCCUAUUUUGUAUAGAGUUUCCGACUCCGUCUUGGCUGUGUCUAGUACUUGCUAUGUGUUGGGAGAAACUUUGUGAAUGCACCAUUUUGAUGCUCAUGAAACACUGAGGAAAAAUGCCUGCGGACAUUUUUCUGUAUCAUCCUUAGAGUCACAAGGGUUGUGUAUCUCUAUAAUGUGAAAUAUUUUUUUGUGGUGAACCAAGGGGGCCAAGGAGGUGUGAGCCAUCGACCCGGAAGAGAGGAUGACUAUAUGAUUCGAGUUGGGGGUGGCAGGGAGGGAGGGAGGGCUUACCAUUGCUUACCUUCAUCUUAACGAAAUGAAACUUUGUAACUUAUUGUAGUUAGAAAUUGUAACUUUGAUAUUGAAUUCUCUUGCCUUCAACAAGCACACUGACAGAGAAAAAAAAAAUGCUACUGUCUGUUGGUUAAACUAUUCUCCCACUGCUAGAGCUUCCUGUUAAGCAAGCGUGAUCUGCGACAUUUUUCCACUUUUGCUAGUACUGUAUACGAUUGCAUUCUUAGGCUACUGUGAGGUCCAUGUUUCUUGUACCAGAAAUUGUCCUUUUGACUUCUAGAUCCUUCUCCCCUGAUGUGUUUUGUAUGUGGUUAUAAAAUUGUAGACUUUUGUGAUUUUGCCAAAGUUGUAGCUAAAUAUUUAUACACUUGUCUUGAAUUUUUUUCAGAUCCACUUAACUAUUUAGAGAGAAAAAAAAGAACCACCACCACCAAACCCACCAAGUUUUAUUCCUUAUGUGUCCUAUAAGGAAUAAAAUGGUCUCAUUCAACACUUUUCCAUGAACACUUAACAGUUGCUGAGGGACUUUCUUUUGUAACAUAUCAAUUAUAAAUAUUGUAUUUAUCGUUGAAAUUUUGUACAUUGCUUUCCCCGCCAUCUUUUUUCCUUUUUCUCGUCCGCGUUGGUUCUGGGUCAAGGCCCAGUGUUUGCGACGCCGGGAAGAGCAUCAAGCCAAGACUGUCUCUCUCGUCUGUUUCGUUAAAAUGCAUCCAUGUCCUUGCGUUUCAUUUAUACUUAAAAAAAAAUAAUUUGCUAUUAUUUAGACUUUCCAUCCUUUCUUUUUUUAUU